ACUCCACCGUCCACCACCACCACUGUCACAUUUGGCCAUUGCCCUCCCUCCUCCCAUGCCCACCAACUGGCGUCACCUCCUUCGUUUCCCCUCCCUUACUGCCUGCCACGUUCUUGGCGCGUCGUUUUUCUUUCGCCCUGCCGAUUUCGUUGGCCACUUGUUUCUGCAAGCUUUCCUCCCCGACACAAGCUCAAGCAGAGAGGAAAUUACGUCCGGCGUGGAGCUGGCAACCGUCGUGGACUUGAUCUUCCCAGGGCGCGUCGAGCUCGGCGGCGCCCGCGAGGGAGGUGGUGACGCUAGGUGGUGGGGCUGCGGCGCGGAGGGCCCUGGCGGUCAGCAGGCGAUGACGACCGCGCGGCAGUUGUGGCGGCGCGCCGCGGCGGCCGUCAAGGACAGGAGGAGUCUGUACCUGACGCGCGUGGCAGCGCUGCGGCAGGCCUCGGGGGUGGCGGCGGCGCUGAGGAGCCCCGAGCUGGAGGCGGCCGUGAUCCGCGCGACGAGCCACGACGAGCGGUCCGUGGACUAUGGGAGCGCGGCGCGGGUGUUCGCGCUGGCGCGCGCGUCGCCGUCGGCGCUGCAGCCGCUCAUGUGGUCACUCGCGCGCCGGGCGGGGCGGACGCGGUGCUGGGCCGUGGCGCUCAAGGCGCUCAUGCUCGCGCAUGGCCUGCUGCUGCGCUCUGACCUCGCGCCACGCGCGGCGCGCCUCGGCCGCGUGCCAUUAGACCUCGCCGACUUCCGCGAUCGCUCGUCGCCGCCGUCCAAGUCGUCGGGGUUCUCGGCGUUCGUGCGCGCCUACUUUCGCUUCCUCGACACCCGCUCCCUCUUCGCCGCCCAAGAACUAGACGGCACAAGCAGCGAAGCCGACGACGAGGGCGCACGGCUCGACCGCGUGACCAAGCUGCAGCACCUGCUGGACCUGCUCAUGCAAAUCCGGCCAUACGGGGACGGCAUGGAGCAGGGCCUCAUCCUGGAGGCGAUGGACUGCGUCGUCAUCGAGAUAUUCGAGGUCUACAGCCAGAUAUGCACCGGCAUUGCCCGGCUCCUCGUCGCCAUUCUUGGCUCCGCCCCGACAAUGCCGCGGCCGCGGCCGGGGGAGACGGUGGCGGCAGCGAGGCGGCAGAGGGGAGUGCAGGGAAUGCGGGUGCUCAGGAAGGCCGCGGAUCAGAGCGCGCAGCUCUCGUCGUACUUCGAGCUCUGCCGGGGCCUGGGCGUGCUGAACGCCGCCGAGUUGCCGGCCGUGGAGCGCGUCUCGGACGACGACAUCAGGGACCUCGAGAAGCUCAUCAUAAGCCACGUCGUUGAAGGUGGCAGCGAGGAGGCCGAGGAGAACAAUGGGAAGGCACUGGUCGCUGUGGAGAACGCCGGCAUGGAGUCGAAGACGGUGGUGACGAAAGAGUGGGUGGUAUUCGAUGACGACGACAACGCCGGCUCCGGCGUAAGGCAAGGACACUUCGGUAAUUACGUGAAUCCGUUCCUUGGUGCGCCGUGGGCCGCCGUGGCGGGGAGUGGGGACGUGUUGGUUUAGGUGGAUUAGUCAAAAAAAAUCCUCAUAAACUGUGUUUUGUCGAUUUGGCCUACUUUUGGAUUAGAAACAAUGCGAUCGAAACCGUAGGUGAUCAACGCCUUCGUCUUCAGGUUUCGGGGAUGGGGCUGUUAAGGAGUCGAGCUCAAGUAAGUUUGGUAUGACAAGUUUGAGCUCCACAGUAACUCGAGCUAAAUUUGAGCGAAUUUGAGUUGCCGACUGAGCAGACAGGCUCGAGCUUGAUUUAAAUAGGCUUGUUAACCGUUAAAAUUAAUUAAAAAAAUCUCUAUUUUAAAGAAAGUAUAUAAAUUAUCGAAUUAUUGUAUAGAAUAAGAAGCUCACGAGCUUCGAGCUAGGCUCGAAUCUUAGAUCAGUCGAGUUCAAGUAGCUUGCGAGCUUUCUGCUGUGGCGGGGAGACAAACUCUCGGAUAUAAAAUGUGAGUCAGUCCUAAAUUUCAGAAUAUUAGAUGUCCUAUGUAUUCUAUUGUCUAUUCUACAGUCAAUGAUUUUAAGCUUA